AUAAAUGAUGGAAGGAUGACAGACAAGUUAAGUGAGACAGAUAAAGAGUAACAGAUGCUGAGCGAUGGAUUGAGAGAGACACAUUGACAUAGAUUGAGUGAAGGAAAAAGGGAGGGAGAGCAAAGAGUGAGACAGAAAAAGCGACAGAGUGAGUCAAGUUGAGUGCUGAGGGAGGAGUUUCGGCGCAAAAGUGUACUGCCAGUUUGGGUGAGAAAGCGGCUCGUGCGGAGCGGAAACUGCAGCUGUGGCUGACACCCCGUGCGCUUUCACACUCCGUUAGCCGAGUCGCUCAGUGCCUGGUCCUGUUUUACGCCUUCUCUCUGUCUCUUUUUUCUCCCACUCACCCGUUUAUCGGAGUCGGUAGUGUGUUCGCUGUAGUUUUUCACCUCUGUUAACGGUUCGGCGGUAGUCAUGGCGGACGGCGCUCCGAGCAGCAGUGGCAGUGAUGGAGAGGAGAAGGGCGCGCGCCUUCGGGGGUUCGCGCGGCAGGGCGCGCUCCGUCAGAAGAACGUGCACGAGGUGAAGGACCACAAAUUCAUCCCGCGUUUCUUCAAGCAGCCAACCUUCUGCAGCCACUGCACCGACUUCAUCUGGGGUUUCGGGAAACAAGGAUUUCAGUGUCAAGUUUGCUGUUUUGUGGUGCAUAAGCGCUGUCAUGAGUUCGUCACUUUCUCCUGUCCCGGAGCAGAUAAAGGUCCGGCAUCAGAUGACCCACGCAGUAAACACAAGUUUAAGGUCCAUACGUACUCCAGUCCGACAUUCUGUGAUCAUUGUGGUUCCCUGUUGUAUGGGCUCAUUCACCAGGGCAUGAGAUGUGACCACUGUAUGAUGAAUAUUCAUAAGCGUUGUGUUGCUAAUGUGCCGAGUCUGUGUGGAACCGAUCACACUGAACGCAGGGGACGCAUCGAGAUCACCGCUAACAUCAAGAACAACUUACUCACCGUAUGCAUCAAGGAAGGCAGAAACCUGGUCCCAAUGGAUCCGAAUGGGCUUUCUGACCCCUAUGUGAAGCUCAAACUUAUCCCUGAUCCAAAAAGCGAGAGCAAACAGAAGACCAAGACUAUAAAGUGCUGCCUGAAUCCGAUAUGGAACGAAACCUUCACAUUUAAUCUGAAGGAAUCUGAUAAGGACCGUAGGUUAUCCGUGGAAAUAUGGGAUUGGGAUUUGACCAGUAGGAAUGACUUCAUGGGUUCCCUUUCAUUCGGCAUCUCGGAACUACAGAAGCAAAGUGUGGAUGGCUGGUUUAAACUGCUGAGUCAGGAGGAGGGUGAGUACUUUAAUGUGCCUGUCCCACCCGAGGGAGAUGAAGGAAAUGAAGAGCUGAGACAAAAACUUGAGAGAGCUAAAAUAGCUUCUGUUGCUAAGAAGACAGACUCAUCUGUAUCCAAGUUGGACAAUAAUGGAAAUAAAGACCGGAUGAAGCUCUCUGACUUCAACUUCCUCAUGGUGCUUGGAAAAGGGAGCUUUGGCAAGGUAAUGCUGGCUGAGAUGAAGGGAACGGAUGAGUUAUUUGCUAUAAAGAUUCUGAAGAAGGACGUGGUGAUUCAGGACGAUGAUGUGGAGUGUACCAUGGUGGAGAAGAGGGUGUUGGCACUUUCAGGAAAACCUCCUUUCCUCACACAGCUGCAUUCCUGCUUCCAGACCAUGGAUCGUCUGUACUUUGUAAUGGAAUACAUUAAUGGAGGAGAUCUGAUGUACCAGAUCCAGCAGGUUGGAAAGUUCAAGGAGCCACACGCAGUGUUUUACUCUGCGGAGAUUGCCAUAGGCCUGUUCUUCUUGCACUUGAAAGGCAUCAUAUACAGAGAUCUGAAGUUAGACAAUGUAAUGCUGGAUGCUGAAGGUCACAUUAAGAUUGCAGAUUUCGGGAUGUGUAAGGAGAACAUGUUAGAGGGAGUGACCACUAAAACAUUCUGCGGAACCCCGGAUUACAUCGCUCCUGAGAUCAUUGCGUAUCAGCCGUAUGGGAAGUCGGUAGACUGGUGGGCGUUUGGGGUUCUGCUGUAUGAAAUGCUAGCUGGACAGCCACCAUUUGACGGAGAGGAUGAAGACGAAUUGUUCCAGUCCAUCAUGGAACAUCACGUGUCAUAUCCCAAAUCAAUGUCUAAGGAAGCAGUGGCCAUCUGUAAAGGACUAAUGACGAAGCACCCUGGAAAACGUCUAGGAUGUGGGCCAGAGGGAGAAAGAGACAUCCGAGAGCACGGUUUCUUCCGCUACAUGGAUUGGGAGAAGCUUGAGAACAAAGAGGUUCAACCACCAUUCAAACCUAAAGCUAAAAACAGCCGAGAUACAUGCAACUUUGAUCGGGAGUUUACGAAGAUGCCAACGGAGCUCACGCCUACUGAUAAACUCUUCAUCAUGAAUCUGGAUCAAGAGGAGUUUCUUGGAUUUUCUUACACAAAUCCAGAAUAUGUUCCUCCAUCUAAGUCAUGAAAAUGGUCCUAAAAAGUAUCUUUACAUACAUAGUAUCUUUACGUAUCUUUAAAUCCUUCUGUAGUGUUCUAUAUUUAGCAAUGUUGCACCUGAGAAGCUGCCCUGGAACACUCUAGAUUUUUUAGCAAUACAGUUCUCCAUUUUUGGAUCACAACAACUCAGGUUACUGAGAGCUUGCUAUUUCAUUCUAAAUUUAUAGUAACUCUUUAAGCUGAGUGAUGCAAUUAAUGGAUGAAGCUAUUAGUGCUAACCUUGGCCCUUAUUCCUAAUAUCAUCCUUUCUAAUUAUGGUCAACCUUCUCUCACCUUGACCCCACACUACAAUCCUACUCCUCACCUGCAAUACUUGGCCCUUGCUAUAUCCCCAUCCUCAACCAAACCCUGCUCUCUACACUCCCCUUGCCACUUUUCCCACACUUCAUCACCCCCAUACCCUUUCUUGUUAAUCUGACCAUUACUCUAACAGCCUACCACUGAGCCUGCCACAUAGAGGAUUUCUACUCCUUGCAUUAACCCUCUGAAAAUUAAGAAGUCAGAAAAUCACAUUGAUAACUCCUUAAUCUAUAAACGUAAUCAUUCAAAACGUUUAAACAAACGUUUUUGUUAGGAAUUCUUACAAAUGACAGCAAGUUGAUGUUAUAUAACCAUCAAAUAUUAAAAAAUACUGGUAAUUAUUCAAAAUUGUAAAAUUGUACAUUCUGAAAAAAAAUGCUUAUUUAAUUCAAUGAAAGAAAUUAAUAUUCUUCCUCUGGUUUUAGAUCAUUCAAAAAAAACCCACAAAAACCACAUAAAAGUGUAGGCUACUUUCUAAUCUAGCCUUGGCACCCACCGAUAUAAUGUUAGGUACUGUAUGAAAACUGUUUAACAAACUUGGCAGUAAAUGCAGUCAGUUUGUCUAAAGAUAUCUAAAACCUGCCUACUGUAGUUAAUUGUUCCACAAAAGUAUUACUGGUGUUGCAUGUGAAGGUGUGGUGCUCAAUUGGAGUUCAAAUUCAUGCAAAAAGGGUUCAGCAGGGUUGAGGUUAGGGUUCAUUUGGAACUUGAAAUCACCAAAUUUGGCAAGCAAAAUUCUGUCAUGCUUGAACAUUUUGGGCCUCUUAGUUACAGUGAAGGGAAAUCUUAAAGCUACAACAUACAAAGAAAUUCCAGACAAUUGUGUGCUUCCAAAUUUUUGACAAACGUCAGAAAAGUCAGAUGUUCACAUACUUUUGACAAUGCUGUGAAUUUGGUUAGGCUUAUAACUGUAAUCUUGAUCAAGUGAGGAAUGCUCUAACAAAUUAGCAACUAAAUCAUGGGAGCAUUUUAACAGCUGCAAUUGUUAUGCUGGCUGCUUUGUUUUCUUGUACUAACAUCCAACAGGAUUUCCCCAAAAAUGUUUAAAUACACUGAUUUUCUUGUUUUGUGCUGACACGUGGACCAGGCAGUUAAUUCCCAUUCAAAAGUAUUUGUACAUAAAUGGACUGAUAGGAAUAAGUUCAUAAUCAAGUUAAUUCUUCUAUAAGAUUAUAACCUUUCAUUAGAGUUAUACAUUCUAUACCAUGUAUUUUUACAACAUGAUCACAACUCAAGAAUUGUGUCAUUUUCCAAGGCCAGGGCCAAGAUGGUGCCUCCAGAUGACUCAGAGAAUCAGUGGAUCCACUUAGCAACCUUAUAGUUAUUAGAGCAACUAGAGGCCCAUUGGGACAGAUAUCAGCAUGCCCCAUGUUUGGAGGAAGGAGCUGCAUUAAUGAGAGGGUUGCCAGAUUGGGCUAGUUUAAAAAACCAAAUGCCUGCCAAGACCUGGUUUUAUAGCACUAAAAAUAAAUGUAAUAAUUUUAUGCAAAGAAGGUAAACUGUAAGAACAAACAGUGCAUCUAGGAUAUACAGAACUAUUUCUAGUUUCAGAUAUAUUGUUAAAAUUAAAAGAGGAAAAGGGAAUUAUUGAGUGGUUUAUGCUUGCAUCAGAAUGUAAAACAUGUAAAAGUCUGAGAAAAUGGAGAAUUGUUUUUUUUUAAUUGUUGUUGUUGUUGUUGUUUUCUAUUUUGAUGUAGUUAAGCUGGAAUUUCAGUUAGGUACAUCCAAAACUGCUCAAAACAAGCUGCUGGAUGAUCAUAUGCUGUAUAUCAUCAUAUACUAUCUAUAAUGAGGUUACUCUAAAAUUUACUAGAUUGUAGCCAAUAGCAAAAGUCUACUGUGAUAGCCUAUUGACUUGAUUUUGUCUGAGGCUAUGUUGUUAAUUAUGUCGUCCUACCCCAACAAUGUCUGUGCAAGCCACUGUUGGAGAGGAUGAAACUUUUUUACUGAUUUACAAAAUUACUAGUGUUUUUUUAUUCAUGAAAAUAUGCCCUUGAAUUUAUGCACAGUCACUUACACUAAACUGUAAAAAGUUUUAACCAUCUCAGAAGGGGCUGUUUGUCUCUGUGCCCUACACUGAAUGUCAAAUUACAGUUAAUCUAACAGAGAAUGCAGUAAAUUAAGAAAAAGUGUGACAAAUGCCAAAUGGGCAAUUUAAAAAACAAAAACAACAACAACACCAUGCUCAAUUAUUCAUCCAAGGCUCAUUAUUUUUCCCCCUCUGCAUUUUUGCUCUGUUUGAUCGUGGCACAUUGGGCUGAUGUUUAAUUCACCAUCUCGAAAAUCAUUAUGUAAGAAAGAUCAUUAUCUCCCUCUGGUAAUAAUAUUGCUGAGGUUUCACAAUCUAUUCACUAGGUACAGAAGCUAAGGACAUUCAAAAAUCAAUAUAGUCAAUGUCUAUUGAGUUUUUAUAGUCAAUUUAUUAUGAAAUCGUAUUUUAGAGAGAGAGAGAGAGAGAGAGAGAGAGAGAGAGAGAGAGAGAGAGAGAGAGAGAGAGAGAGAGAGAGAGAGAGAGAGAGAGA